AUGAAACUUAUUGAAAUAAUUUGUCUCUCAGUUCUGAAUUUUAAUCAAGUUGAUUCUACUAACAUAUCACAAGUAGAAUUAUUAGCGAGAUGUCCGAGGUAUGAAAUUAGUCUUACAAAGGUGGAUUAUUCAUUCGGUCUCAUAGAUCCAUUCUAUAGUUUUGUUCAAAAUAUAUACCACAAUGUACAGUUAAAUAUGAACGAUUGUUAUCGAAAGAAAUUAGUAAACAUAAUAUUAUCAUCGAAUAAUCAUUUCCUGACUGAUUAUAUCCAUCAUCUUCUGCUGAAACAACCAUGGAUAAUAACACUGUUAAUAUUAAGCGUACUAUAUAUUAUAAUAGUACCGAUUUGUGGUAUUUUAUUUUUUUGUGAUUUAUGCACUUGUGCAACUGCUAGUUCCAUCUCUUCUUCGAAAAUUUUAACAAUUACCGGAGAGAGCAAAUCAUCAAAAUAUCUAUUCGCUUUGAAUCUAACAAUGAUGACGAUAGUGUUGAUGGUAAUUUUGAUACUAACGGUUGUUUAUAUCAAGAGUGUUAGUUAUGCUGUUAUCGGAACAGAUAGAAUUCAUCAAUCAAUGGAUGGUAUUUAUACAGACAUCAAUUUUCUCAUCAUUUCUACAUCCAAUGAUUUAACCUGUAAGCUAAACAAAACGCUAAGAAAAUUAUCUGCUGGAAUCAAUGAUACCAUUCAACAAUUCCCUAAUAGAACAAUUAAAGCACUUCAACAAGAUUGUCCGAUUGCAACACUACCAAUGGUGAUUGAAAGAUUUGAAAUCAAAAAUGUUACUCAUUUCAUUAAUGAUGUAAUAUUGUCGAUUAAAUCAACGAAAUUAUUGGCAAGUAAAUUACCAAAUUCUAUAUACCGGCAAUCAUCUAUGCAAAAUAUGAAUAGUACAUUGGAAAGGAUUGAAAAUCGUUUGGCAACUUUAUUGCAGCAAUACAACGAUAUAUUUAAAAUAGCAAAUAAUACACGAAACAAUGUUGAAUUUUUGUUGGACAAUAUCACCGGAAAGGUUAUUUAUUUUUAUUCAAAUUUUGAAAUUGCAUUUAAAUUUAAAAACGAAUGUGAUCGAAAUCGUUCAAAGCAACAAGGAUACUGGAGAUGUGCCGGUGUAUGGUCUUUACAUGCCGCUGGAGCAGCAUUUUUCACCGGCUGGAUCAUGAUGUUAAUUGCAAGCAUAACAUUCUUGGGUGCCUUUGGUGUGGAAACUAUUUGUCAACCAUUUUUUCGAGAUGAACAAAUGCAUUUGUAUCGUUCACCAUAUUUCAACAGUGCUAUUGCACAUCUUAUCAAUUUCUCUGAAUCAUCCGUUGGUAUCGGGUGA